AGGCGUGCCUCGCUCCUGUGCAUGUGAUAUAGCGAAGGGGAGGCGGUUUUCUAAAAGAGUUUGCAGGGAUCCUGAUUGCAUCACUUGAGAGCCUGACGACCCAGGAGGGGUUUGCAGUUAGCAUUGGGUUGCUGGAUAUCUGGUCGUUGUCGCCACUGUACUUAAUUGUUCUCGGGCGGACAAGAAAAGAAGAAGGGUCUGGUUUUCACCAUGGGAGCAGCCACCUCUGCAGAGCAUGCGGACAAGAGUCAAGAAGCUACAGCUGGUGAGCCGCAGAAUGCGGAGGUGAAUGAAAUCCAGGAGGGACAGGGUGCUGAAGCCAAGAUUUCACAGAAAAAUGGACAGCUCUCCAGUCUGAAUGGAAAGACAGAGGACCAGACAGUGGAACUCAAUGGACAGACAGAGCAGCUCAAUGGACAAAAUGAGAAGAGCCCGGCAGAAGUUGGUCAGGGUGACUCUGCGGCUGUGUCUCAGAAAGAGGAAGAGCCUGAGAAGAUGGAGGACCUCCAAGAGGAAGCUGAACCUCAGGUGAACGGUGAGAAGGAAGACCAGGAUUCUCCAGCUGCAAAUGAUAUUACACCAAAGGAGGAAACACCAAAAGAGGAAAAGGCAAAUGAAGCCAGUGAAGUUGGAUUUAAAAAGGUUUUCAAGUUUGUGGGCUUCAAAUUUACUGUGAAAAAAGACAAGACUGAAAAGACGGAGCCUGUGCAAUUGCUGACUGUGAAGAAAGAGGAAGGUGAAGAAAAAAGCUUGGAUGUCACAGAGGAUGCCAAAGGAGAUGAAUCCAAAACAGAAGCUAAAGCAAAGGUGCCAGAAGAGCAGGAAGUUACCAAAACCGCUGAUGAACCUGCUGGUACAGAGUCACCUUCAGAAAAAGUCAAUGGGGAUGCAACCGAAAAGGUAGCACAACAAACUGAACCAAGUGAAGAUGUUAAACCUGAGAAAGAGGUGGAGAAACCAGCAGAGUCUCCAACAAGCCCACUCCAGGAGAUUCAGUCCCCUCUGAAGAGAUUUUUUACACAGGGGCUCUUUUCCAGUUUAAAAAAGAAGACCCCCUUUAAAAAGACCAAAGAAGAAGAAGUGACUGCUGAGGAAAAGGCGGUUCUUGUGACUGUGGAAGAAAAGCAUGAAUCAGAGGAAAAGACAGAAGAUGCUCCUGCACAAGAGGAAGAGAGUAGACCUGAGGAGGCAGCCCCUGAACCUCAGCAGGAAGAGCCUCUUGCGCAAGAGGAAAGCAAAACCAGUCCCCUGCCAGAGACAGCACCGCUUGUUGUAAUAGAACAAAAGGAGGACGAGAUCAAAGUCGAAAUUGAGGUUGCACCCAAGGUAACUCAAGAAGAUGAUGAGAAGACAUCAGAUUUCCAAAAUGCUGUUCUAGAAGAGCCAACUGAAGUGACAAAAGAAGUUGAAAGUGUGGAAGAGCAUCCGGUUAUGAAAGAAGAAUCCCAAGAAAGUGAAGCUACCACUGAAUCAAAAACUACAGAAGAGCAUGUGCCAGAUACCCUUGAAGAGCAACAGAAAUCAGAGCACCCUAGUCCUGAUGACACUCCCACAGCUAAAACGCCUGAGACCGUCACCACUGAAGCUGAGAUUUUGUCCUCACAAGAAAAGGCUAAAGUUCAAGGUAGCCCCCUUAAAAAACUGUUCACAGGGACUGGUUUAAAGAAACUUUCUGGAAAGAAACAGAAAGGAAAGAAAGAAAAUGAGGCAAAAUUGGCAGAAUCUGGUGAAAAUGUGAUUGAACAGAUCCAGUCAUCAACUGAAUCUGCAGAGGUACAGAAAAGUGAUAGCUCACCUUCCUCACCUGAAGAAUCUACUGAACGUUUUAUUGGUGAGGAAGCCCAGGCAGAGACCCCUGGGCCAGACGUUGAAGGAGAUGGAGCUACCUCUGAUGGAGAGAGGAAGAGAGAUGGUAUUACACCUUGGGCUUCCUUCAAAAAGCUUGUGACACCAAAGAAACGAGUCAAAAGGCCUUCUGAAAGUGACAAAGAAGACGAUGCCAAUGAAAAGCCUAAAAGUGCAACUAUGUCAUCCACGGAGAGCUCUGGAUCAACAGAGAAACCAGAAGAACCCAAACCAAGUGAAGAGGAACAGAAAAUGGAGCGCAGUAUUGAAGAGCCCAAAAAGAAAGUUGACACUUCUGUGUCUUGGGAAGCUCUGAUCUGUGUAGGAUCAUCCAAAAAGAGAGCUCGGAAGACAUCUGACUCUGAUGACGAGUCCCCUAAAAUUGAAGAGGAAGCACAGAAUUUAGGAGAGGAAUCUGCCAAAAACAAAGAGGCAGCUGUGGAGUCUCCAAUUGCAAGCUCUCAAGAGGCAGACCAAGAACAAUUAGCUUCAUCACCAGACCAGGCAGGGAGCCCCUCAGACGGAGAGGGGGUGUCCACCUGGGAAUCCUUUAAAAGGCUUGUCACUCCAAGAAGGAAGGCCAAACUAGAGGACAAACCCGAAGAAUCUCCUGCAGUUACCACUGAACAAAUACCUUCUGACAGUGAAGCUGGAAAAGAGGAGUCUACAUUUUCUUUAAAGAAAUUAAUUCCAGGUCGUAGAAAGAAGAGGUCAGAUGCAAAACCAGAACAGGCUCCAGCUGAUGAGGCUGAUAAAGCAGUUGGAUCAGCAGAGGAGGACUCUGAUACACCAGCUGUAGUCCCCCUGUCAGAGUAUGAUACAGAACAGAUAGAUGCUACUGUGAAGAUAGAGGCAACUGCUGAAGUGAAGCCAGAGCAACAAGAGGAGACUCAGACAGUAGAGAUCAAGCCUUUAGAAUCCACCCAUGAAACACAACAGUUAUCGGAGCUGGAAAAGUCUGGAGACACAGUACCCUCUGCAGAUCAACACAUUCAAGACAUACAAGUAUCUGUGGAGAAAGCUAUACCUGACAUGGAUGAACGGUCACCGUCCUGGAUCUCUGCAACAGUCACAGAAGAAAUAAUUCAGGAGCAAAUAGAAAGCAUAAGUAAACAUCAGCCACUUAGUGAUAUCCCUGAAGAAGUGGCAGUAGAAGAGACUACUAUAACCAGAUCUCCUACUGAAGUGGAAGACCACAUCUCUCCAGAUGACACAAUAGCACAAGACAUCAUGGAGUUGACAUCUGAGGCAGUGACAGCUCUCGAGCAAGCACCUGAAGAGUCCUUUGCCGAGGAGACAACAGAAAUGGUUUCAGCAGUCUCCCGAUUAACCGAAUCCCCAGGAACGUCUGGCGACGCUACUCCUGUUCCUGGAGUUUAUGAAGUGAAACAAACAGAUAAAAUUCUGCAAGAGGUUGCAGAAAACAUAAAGUUGACGCCGAUUGCCUUAUCUGUAACUAACACUACUGAGCAACCAGAAGAAACUGUUGUGGUAACUGUCCCACAUUUGAUGGCAUCAGCUGUAAAAGAAGAUCCUAUUGUGAUGCAAAAAGAAGCAGAAGCAGUGGCAAUAUGCACAGGCCUAUCCACUCAAGAAAUAGAAGCAGUGGAGACAAAUUUACAAAAAUCCACAGUUGAAGUUAUUACUCUGGUAAUGGAAGCAAUAUCCACGGAAGUUGUUGCUGAGGAAAAGACAGAGACGUUUCAAGAAGCAGGGGCUGUUGAGGAAGAGGUUUGUAAUGCAGAAGUACAGGACAUCAAAACUGAAUAUCAGGAAGUGGAACAACAAGCUGAGACAGGGGAGAGAGUCGAAGAGAAAGAACUCCAAGAAGACAAAGCAUCCCAACAAGAUGGUGAGAUAGGCAAGGUCUCUUUGGAAACAGAGACAGAUUCAGAACUUCAGAAAGAAGUAUGCAAAGCUCCCAAGGAGAGUGAAACAGAAAAGGAAAGUGGAGAACAAGCAGGAACAUUAGAAGAAAUUAUAGAGCCAGAGUCACUUCAGCCAAUCACAGUCAGUGGACAGCAAGAUGAGUGUGAACAUGAGGAUCAAGAGGUAGUAGAACUUACACCCGAGCUUGAACCUGCUGAAGGUCCAGCAGUAGAAAGAGUCGAGGAGCUUAUCUGUACUACACCUGUAGAGGUAACUGAAACAUUGGUUACAGUAGAAGAAAAACUGCAAGAAUUCAAAGAGGUUAAAGACCUUGCAGACCUUGAAGUACCAGCAGACGAAGUCAUUCAAUGUGCAGCACAGGAAGUAGUUGCCUCAAUACCUGAAGCACCAACUUCUGAGAGCUCAGAGAUGAAGGAGGCUUCAUUUGCUGUAUCAGCACCUGCUGUUGAACCUGAAGUUCCAGCAGUUCAAAAAGAAGAGGANCUUAUCUGCGCUUCGUCUGUAGAGGUAACUGAAACAUCAGUUAUAGAAGAAGAAAGAGUGCAAGAAUUCAAAGAGGUUAAGGACCUUGCAGACCUUCAAGUACCAGUAGAAAAUGUUAUUCAAUGUGCAGCACAGGAAGUAGUUGCCUCAAUGCCUGAAGCACUAACUUCCGAGAGCUCAGAGACAAAGGAGGCUCCAUUUGCUGUAUCAGCACCUGCUAUUGAAGCUCCAGUGGUUAAGGAGACUGUUGGUAUUCUUAAACCCCCAUGCAAAACCAUAAAAUCUGAAGUAGCAGAGGUGAAAACAGAAGAUUUAGUUUUAAGAGAAAGAGUGAGUUCAGUCAAAUUUAAAGAUCAGCAGGAAACCCCGUUUCAGGAUCAGCAUACAAUUGAUGAGGCUGCAACUCUACUGGUUGAGGCAGCAAUUGGAGCUGUUACUGGCAGCCUUGCUGAGGAGAAGGAUGAAAAGUCAGAACUAGGAGCUCAACUUUUUAGUGUUCCUGAGAAAUCUGACAAUGAAGAUGAGACAGGUGUUUGUGAAAAGCAAGGAGAAACAGGAGAUGUAACAUGUGAGCAGGUGGAAAUGCAUGAACGUGUGAUUGAAACAAUUGUUAUUGAAAAGCAGAGCACGAUGAUUGUGCAGCAGAUUAUCCAAAAUGUUGUUGAAAACCUUACAGAGAAGGUGAGUGAAUCUCAAUGCGAUAUCGCUGUUGCCAGAGACCACAAGGAAAAAGAGCAAAUCACUACGGAAGAGUCAUCAUCUACCAGUGAUAUCACAGAAUUGGAAAAAAUAUCUGAGCCACAGCCUGCUGCUGAAAUCAUUUCUGUUUGUGAAGAAACUGAAGCACCACCAGCAGAAGCAGAAGAUGAGAAAUUACCAGAAGACACUCUGGUUGAAACAGAAACAGAACUUGUUUCUGAAUCAACAGCAGAAACAAAUGCUAAGGAAGACUCAGAGAUUUCUGGAGAAAAGGCAUUUGAAGAUAAAGAUGGAGAAGGAGAACAGAAAACAGAAACAGCUGAACAAGCAGCCGUUACAAAAAAAGAAAUAACAGAGGAAGACAAUGAAAAAUCAGAGGGUGUUGAAGUGCCAGAGGAAUUACAGAUAUCAGCUAUUCCAGAGACAGAACAUUUGACGGCUGGUAGUGCAGAAGAAAUACAAAAAUCUAAAGAGACAGAAAGCACACUGCUGGAAGAAAAGUGUCAGGAUGUUGAUGCUGAAGUUAAAAGUGAAAAGAUUACAGUGGAGAUUGCAGAAAUGAAAAGCCAGGAGACAGAAGUGAAAAUGCAGGAAGAAGUUGUGGAGAUCCAAGGAGGAAAUGUGAUGAGACAGGAAGUAGAGGAAGUGAUUGUCCAGGAAGUGACAGAGCAGGUAGAGUGCUUAGAAGAUGGUAGUCAAGAAGAAAAUGAUGUUGUAAAAGAACACAAGACAGAGGAAGAUGCAGAAUGUGAAGCAAUUCAGACAAAGUCUGUGGAAAAAGAAAGCUGCACUGCAGAGAAGGUGGAGUGUCAGGAAGAGAAAGAGCAAGCUGAGAUGCCGACAUUACUGGAGGAAGAUUCUCAGAGAAAGGCAGAAAGUGAGGAUAUUUUACAAAAGCAGGAGGAAGUAAAGAGAGAAGAGGAAGCCCAAGAAAAAGUCUUUGAAGAUGGAAAGGCUCAACAAGAAGUUGACGAAGAUGUACAAGGUGCCCAAACUGAAACACAGGUAUCUAAGGUUUCAAAAAGCCAGAAAGAAGUGGUGGAUGUUACUUUUAGUCAGGACAACAAAGUAGAAGAAAAGAGUCAGCAACCAGUUUCAGAAGAGGUGCAACAUGAAACAUCCAUCACAGAUGUUCAAAGUCAGGAAACAAUGGUGAAAGAUGCACUAGGCCAGGUAGAAAUGAAGGAAGAUAUCCCAAAACAAGAAAAAAAACCUGAUGUAAAGAGUGAGAACACAGACAAAGAAGCCUUACAAGAGAAACCAGAAGUUGUUGAUGUUCAAAACCAAUCGGCAGAAGCAGUGGAUUUACAGAGCCCAAUAGAAAGUACAGUAAGCCAAGAGCAAGUAAUGAAAGACAAACUGAGCAUAGAUAAUGAAACAGAAAAUGUACAGGAAACUGUAGUAGACUCUGAAAGCUAUAAACAACAGGCAGGAAAUGCACAAAUCCAGACAGAUGAAACGGAAGCUGUGGCAAUCCAGAAUCAAGCCAUAACAGAAGAGAGCCAGAAAGAAAUUGUGGAAGAGGUGCAAAUUGAGACAGCCGGGGCUGUUGAUAAUAAAACAGAAGAAUUACCAGUGAAAGAUGACGUGCAGCAGGAUGUUGCUAAAACAGAUGUGAAAACUGAGAAACUGGUAGAAGAUACAGAAAUUGAUCCACCAGUGGUGAAGGAUAAACAAAUUGAAAAGGAUUCAACAAGUGGUGUAAGCCAUGAUGCAAGUAUAGAUGCACAGGGCCAAAAAACCUUACAAUGUGAUGUGUCGGCAGUUGAAGAUUUGUCAUGUCAGACAGAAAUCAAGGAAGAAUUACAGGCCCAGAAAGAUUUAGUAGAAGAUGCAAAAAGCCUGGAGACAGCACGGGAAGAUGACAUAUGUCAGAAGGCAACUUUAGAAAGUGUUCAGACAGAAUCUGUGUCAAAGGAGGUAACAGAAAGCCCAACAGAAGCUAUAGAGGAGACUCGGUCAACAGUUCUGGUAGAUGGAGAGACUGUGUCUAAGGCUGAUGUCGUACAAGAUCAGAUGCUGUCUUCAGAGAGUGAACAGAGCACAGUGGAUGUUGUAGAAGAUGUUCAGAUCCAAGCAGAGACGAGUGAGAAGACUGAAGUCAAACAGGAUGAGCCAAAGGAGGAGUUAGAAACUGAAAUAACCCAGGAAGCUGAGAAGGAAACAGAGCAGGUGUCUUCAGAGCAUACAGCAGCUUCAUGAACUGGCUCAUACAGAAAGAAAGGAAUCUGUUCCGAGAAGACAAAAUUGAAAAUGGGGAAAAGAACACCUUAAGGUGUCCUGCGAUUACAAGGGUGCGCUCUGAACCAAGAGCGAGUGACAGAAGGACAUCUCAACCUACUCUUCUGUGGCAUCGUUCCUGUCACCAAGACAACCCUGGACUGCCUCCAGGAGCUUACCCACAAUUCUCCUCUGCUUUGACCUAACAAGUUUCAAUGCUUUUACCCAGAUGAGCUUGUACUUAAUGUGAUGUCUGUGUGCUGACUUGAUGACCUUCCACUACCGGUAUUAUGUCCCGGGAGGCCUUUUACUGUCCUUUAGGAAGAACUCAACCUGUGUGUCUCAGAACUGGAGAGUAUGUCCUUGUAUAUUGUAUUUAUAUCAGAUGUAAACUCACUCCCCCCUCCCACACACACUCUGUCCUGCUUCCUCCAGCCACUUUUUUGUAUUUAUAUGACGUUUUGGUCACAGAACAAUAGUUGUCAUUAUAAUGUCCUGUCACUUCAGGCUACUGGGGAGAUUACAAUGGCAUGGUACAGGUACGCUUCCAAUGUUUAGUUUUGAAUGGGUUCAAAUCCUGUUAAGUCUCUGAACAUUGCUUUCUUGACAGGUGUUUGACUUGACAUUUUAUUGUGACUGAGACAUUUAAGAUGUGAAGCGGGGAUAAAGAAAAGAAAUGUGGGGUAUAUUGUUUAUGCUGCAACUGCAAUUUCAGUUACUGCUGUUAAUGUUGUAAUGUUUCCUAUAGACUAUAAGUAAUUAAAAGUAAGUUACUGCCUGCCACUGUGAAACAGAGCAAAAUACCUUCAACUAGCUAUCGCAAAAUCCAAAAGCUUUUUGAUGUCUGUCUUUGAGAGAUGAAAAAAGAUAAAAGCAUCUAAAUCCUAUGCUCAUGUGAGGGGAAAUAUAUAUAUAUACAUUCUUUUUAAAGUUGUAUCGCCUUGAUUUUCCUGUUGUAAACACAGCUCUAGUUCCUUACCAACAACUAUAAAGCAUGUACAAAUAUAUCUGACUAAACAUGCAACACAUGCAAAUGCUAAUUUGUUCAAUAGAGACUGGAGUUCGAGGUGUAGAGGACCAAAAUGUGUUUUUCUGAGAGCAGAUGUAGCCCUGAUGGUUUCUGUAGUGUAUAUGAUCUCGUUAUUCCCACACUACACACUGGCAAUCACUGUGGUUGAGAAAAUAUGAGAAUUAUGUAUGGAAAUUGAAUGUUAUUGCUGAGCUGUGUGUUAAAGUUGUUUAAAAAAUCUCUUAA